GGCACCUGCAUGAUUUCUGGGAGUGGUCUAAGAAGAAGUUGCCAGCAUGGCGUUUACACUUUACUCUCUCCUCCAGACCGCUAUUCUGUGCACAAAUGCAAUCGCUGUGUUGCACGAAGAGAGGUUUCUCAGCAAGUUCGGCUUUGGUGUUGACCAGGGAGUUGGAGGUUUUGGAGAUGAUCCAGGAGUCAAAGCCCAGAUUCUCACCCUCAUCCGCUCGGUCCGGACUGUCAUGAGAGUGCCAUUGAUAAUAGUGAAUACGGCCUGCAUUGUCCUGUUGCUACUGUUUGGUUGACAGCGUUACACCAAAGCCGAAAAAAUGAAGCCAGAAGACCAGACAUGGGCCAAGGAACAACCACAGACAUACACACACACACAGAGAUACGCACAGAGAAAUAUCCGUCAUUCAGAGACCUUCGCCAGUCAUCAGCAGGGUGGAGAAGUUUACAAAUGGGGGCUUGCAUGGAAAUAGAAAACUUAAGUCAACCUGCAGGUGUCCUCAUCCAAAGAGAACACCUGACCCGUCAGCCGGUUGAAAAUAUGUCUGGUUUGGACUCAACAGUGUGACUAAACCCAGCCUAACCUGCUUGUCAGUGUGACACAAAAGGACACAAUGGAAAUAAUAAUACAUUUUUGCACCUCACUUGAUGAUGAUAUUCGUCAUCCAAAAAUGUUUGUACUAAGUGUAUUUGUCCUUGUUCUCACACAACAAGACACAAGGAUUUGAUGAUAUGUGUUACAAAUGAGAAACAUGUUCAAGGAGUGUUGUCAGCAAUAGGGCUUGAUAAAAGGUAAAUAUUUAUUAUGUGCUCAUGUAUUUUUUAUCCAGGGCUAUAGCUAUCUUUUUGAAAUUUUCUAAUUUAGACAUUUGGCGUGUUACACAAAGUGUUUUUUUUUAAGUCUUGCUCCAAUUUGUAUUUUAGACUUAAGUAUUAUUGUAGUUUUUGUGGGUCAUGAGAUGUAAAAUGAUUUACUCAGAAAUAACAUUGCGGCCACAGAGACAAACUGAAUAAAAUAAAAAU